AUGGAGGCCCCAAGGAUAGCCGUUACCACUUCAGCUAUCCGCCCCCCAGGCGCAGGAGUUGAACGGCUCUUUAAUACUGCUCGGGAUGUCUGCCAUUAUCGUCGAGGGAGAAUAAAGUCGGAGACAAUUGAAGAAUUAAUGAUGUUUCUUUGCACUUCAAGGUUUGAUAUAGAAGAGCAGGAGGCAAAGCUUCUGGAGAAGUUCUUCUCCUAUGAGGAAAUGAAAUCUGCAAAGGAGGAAAAGGAUGAAAAGCUUGACAAGAUUGAGAUAGAUCUAAUUAGUGAUACUGAGGAGCAGGAUACUAUAAUUAAUGAUGAGAUAGGGCUAGACGAGGUAGGCGAGGCAGAUGAAGUAGGUGAAGCCCAGAUACCACUGCCUAGGAACAACACCCAGUCACGGGCCUUGGCAUAUAUGUUACGUUUGUAA